AUGGACAAUCUUGGCGCAGUUCUACACGGGCCCCGCGAUCUAAGAAUAGAAAACUUGCCUUUCCCGGAAAUCAACGACGAUGAGGUGCUGAUAAAGAUAUCGUGCGUGGGCAUUUGCGGUACGGACGUGAAACUCUACACCACGGGGAGAUGUGGCACGGAGGUGGUGGUCGCGCCGCUAAUUAUCGGCCACGAGGGUGCAGGAGAGGUUGUUAAGGUGGGUGGCAAAGUCAGUAAGCUGAAGGCUGGAGACCGCGUGGCUAUAGAGCCGACCCAGCCUUGCCGCAGCUGCGAAUGCUGCGUGCAGGGCAGAUACAACCUCUGCGACAAGCCUCGCUACUGCUCCACCUUGGAGGGCGCGGGGAAUCUCUGUCAAUACUACAAGCACGUGGCCGAUUUCUGUCACAUAUUACCGAAAAACCUGACCAUGGAAGAAGGGGCGGCGUUACAGCCGCUGGCAAUCGCUAUUCACGCGUGCAACCGCGCCGGAAUCAAAUUCGGCACUAAUCUGGUGAUCCUCGGCGCUGGGCCGAUAGGCGUGCUCUGUGCUAUGGCUGCCAGGGCGAUGGGAGCGACUCAGAUACUGAUCACAGAUGUGGUGGAGUCACGUCUGGAGACAGCUAAAUCUCUGGCGGCAGACCACACGCUUCAAGUCAAGAGAGAAUACUCCGACGAACAGAUUGUUGACAAAAUAAUCAAAACGUUAGGCACCAAGCCACAAAUUACGACUGACGCCUGCGCGUUUGCGUCUGCUCAGCGAGUCGCCAUGAUGGUAACAAGAAAAGGUGGUACAGUUCUGGUGGUGGGCGUGGGGGAUGACAGGGUCGAAGUGCCGUUGUCAGGCACACUGCUCCAAGAGAUCGACGUUAAGGGCUCUUUGAGAAUCGUUAACACGUAUCGACCGGCGCUAGACGCGGUCUCCAGCGGAGCGAUAAACCUGAAAGCCUUCAUAACGCACCAUUUUCCGCUGGAGAAAACUGAAGAGGCCAUAGAGUUAGCCAAAACGGGGGCCGCCAUGAAAAUUAUAAUACACGUGAAC